AUGCUGCAACCUUUGGUGGGUGCUGCUCUUAUUGCUGUCUCUUUAUUUGGUCAAUAUGGUACAGCAAUUCAACUAUGGACCAGCCCAGACAAUUUUCCGACUACCGUGCCAGCCGCCUGUCGAGCUGCUUUGACAUACAACAUCACCUGUGCUAAUUACCUUGUGACUGCACAGGAUGCUCGUAACGGAGCGUCUCUUGUGGGUAACUUGACAACCGAGUACUGCACCAAAGAUUGCCAAAGCUCUCUUCAAGAAUUCCAAAGCAAGACUCGCUCGGCCUGCGGAUCAGAUGCGUAUGAGCUGCAUAAGAACGGAACGACAAAACAGUCACCGUUAGCAAUUGCUGACGGCCUUCUGUGGGCUUACAAGUUGAGCUGUAUCCAAGAUACAUCCGGUUACUGUUUGGCAGACUUGUACGGUGGAAACAAGAGUGCUUGUUCAGAUUGCACCCUCAAAUACGGCUCGGUUAUGGUGAGUUCGGACUAUGGGCGCCAAAAUUUCCCACCGACUGCCUAUUCAUCCCUACUGUCAUCCUGCAGCAUCCCUGCGGCCAGCUAUCCAUAUGACUACACCUCUUUUCCCACAGCGACAUCUACAUCAAGCACUCCUACCGGAUCGACCCCUGCAACCCCCACUGCUACUUGUGGGGGAAUUUUAUACGUUUCCAAGGGUGGAGAUACAUGCCAGUCAGUUUCUAAGGCUCAAUCGAUGAGUAGUGAUCGCUUCGUCGAACUGAACCACUUGGAGUAUAACUGCUCAUCACUCACGCCGGGCACCGAACUGUGUAUUGAGAAAGCCUGCACAUUAUAUACGGUCCAGAAGAAUCAAACCUGCCAGGAUAUUGUCAAGGGACAAUCAUUUGGCAUAGUUCAGCUCAUCGGUUGGAACCCGUAA